AACCAUCACAACAAACAAGGCGGAGCUUUUUUAGAAUAGAUUGCAUCUGCACGCAUGCGUAUUAUUGAAAACGGACGUACUGACUGUGAGAAUACUUAAAUUUUUCAUGUACGUUUGUACAGACGACAGUUUUCGUGCUUGGCACGACAAUUUCUUGCUGCCAUAACGUAUAUACCAAAAAACACUCGACCAGUAAUUUCUCAAGAACUGUACAAUUUGGCAAUAAACAGCAUGAGGAGUUGGCAGUUUUUGAUAUUGGCAUCGAAUUUGGUGCUGGUUUUGCGUGAUAUUACCGUAGCUACACAGACAAUAAUUGCUGGGCCUCGCGAUAUAGCAGGUGUGUUGGGUAGCUCGAAGAGGUUAGAAUGCACAGUAACCGAUGUAUCUUACUCUACAGAUGUAGUUUGGAAAGUACCAAGUAGCUCAAUCCUCAUAAACCAACAAGCGUCCAUUCCAUUAAGUUAUGUGGAAAAAUUUUCAACAGAAACGGAGACCGUCGAUGUUACAAAAAACGAGUACAAAUAUUCAUUGGUGAUAAAUAAUAUUCAACCUACCGACAAUGGAGAUUACCAAUGUAAGGUUGUUCAUAGACCUAAUUCAAACAUAGUGGAUUCAGACACUGCCAAUUUACAAGUAGUAAGUGCAAACAGUAACGGAAGGCCAACUUGUUUUGCCAAUCCAAGUGGAGAACUUAUCACUGGUGAAACUGUGACUCUGACAUGUAUUUCCGGCAGUUCGACUGCUGAUCUGGUGUGGAGGGCCAAUGGACAACUCUUGCCAGCAACUUCUUCAACGAAAUAUGCAAACUCCACAAGUGAACUUAGUUUUACGGUAAGCCAAGGAGGUCAGAAAUACACAUGUGUUUCGAUUUCACAAACAUCAGAAUGUAGCCUAAUUUUAACUGUUCAAUACGCCCCAACUGUGCAAAUCACGCUCACCGCCGAUAAAGUCGAAAUUGGCAAGUCGGUAAGCUUUACAUGCAACGCCGUGGGAAAUCCAAAUUCUUUUACAUACAUUUGGUACUAUGACGGAAAUCUAGUCUCGCAAUAUAACCGAAUAAGUGGUUUUCAGCUUAAUGAUAAUGGAAAAAUGUUAACCCUCCCUGAUGUUACUAGCGUUGAUGACGGUGUGACCUUAACCUGUGUAGUGUUCAACACGAUUGGGGAGGGGGCUGCCGAGUACUCCAUAACGACAGUAGAAGGUAGAACAACUGCGGAAAUCGUAGGGGCAGUCUUGGUUUGUGUAGUUGCAUAUAUUAUUUUAAUGAUUCUAAUUGCAUUCACGAUCUGGUACUGUCGUCAGAAGAAAACAAUUAAGGAAAUUAAAAAUAAAGAGAUGGUUCGGCGCGCCGAAUCUGCCAGAAGAAAGAGGCAAAACAAUGCAGUUAUUCCAGUACAGCCCAUGAGAAUGAGAGGCAGUACGAACGCUGGCUACUUAUCCGAAGUUGUAUCCAAAGAUGAUGAUGACGAAGAUCGACUACGGCCUAUUCCCCGACGAAAAAGCGAAACAUCGAGUAUAGGUAAAAAAGGUAGUAAUGAAAGUAGUAUGUCUGAUUAUAUUGUGCACGAUAUGUCGACGGAGGAUGAGGAUCAUGAGGACACUUCGUACGUUUAUCAAGUUAAUCCACAUUUCGGAGAGAAUAGAAAGAAAGGUUCGUACACUGUGAAUAGAGACGAAUUUGAGAUACCAUCACUUCCGUCUGAGCCGGACUCAGAGGAUAUGAGUUCCAUAAUCCCGUCCACUGAUUUAUAGCCUUCACAAUCAAAUAGAUUUCUAAAGCUAAGUCCAGAUUAUUAAAUUUCUUUGACAAAAACCUGUUGUAUGCCCAUAUAUAGUCAUGAUGUGCCUAUAUAUGGUCAUGAUGUGAUGUCAUCAUGACCAUAAUUAGGCAUUUCGCAUGUUUUUGUAAAAUAAAAUUUGAUAGUCUGGACAGGGCUUUAGGAUCUAGCCUGCCUUUGUACUUUGAUGACUCAAUCAAAGAAUCCACCCAUAUACGCGAUUGGCUGUUCAAAUAGCGCGUACAAAACUAAUUUCUAUGACGCGUUUGUUGACAGACAGCACUUUUCGUGCAACGUCGCAAAAAUAAAAACCUUAUGUUUAUAGUUUUGUCAAUAUUUCAUACCAUGAGAGAUACGUGGAAGGUGUGGACAUAAUGCUGUAAAAAAAAAAAAAAAAUAACUUGCAAUAGUAGCCUAACCUAAAAGGAUGUAAAGCAUACGGUAUUACACACAGAAUAAAGUGAUGGCAAUAUCAACUAGGCCUAUGGAUAUUUUUGGACACAAUGUGUAACAGGUGACGUUGAUGAAUGAACUGUCAAGAUAUAUAGUAUUUAUAUGUAUUGUUAAAUAGAAUUUUGGUAACUAAUUAUAUUUUAUAUACAUCUUUAUAUUCAUUAUUAGCCUAGGCCUAUUAAUUUUAUUAUUGUUA